AUGUCAGGCCACUGGAACUCCUCUGAGAGUUGGCAGCAGAACCCGGCCAGUGUGAUCGUGCCUGUGGUGUUCUCGCUGAUCUUCCUGCUGGGCACCGUGGGCAACAGCCUGGUGCUGGCCGUCCUCCUCCGCAACGGACAGACCGGGCACAACACCACCAACCUCUUCAUCCUGAACCUCAGCCUGGCUGAUUUCUUCUUCAUCAUCUUCUGUGUUCCUUUCCAAGCCACCAUCUACACCCUGGAGGGCUGGGUCUUCAGCUCCUUCAUGUGCAAAGCCGUCCAUUUCUGCAUCUACCUGGCCAUGUACGCCAGCAGCUUCACUCUGGCUGCUGUCGCCGUUGACAGGUAUCUGGCCAUUCGCUACCCCAUCCGCUCCCGAGAGCUCCGCACCCCCUGCAAUGCGGUGACCGUCAUGGUCAUUAUCUGGGGCCUCUCUGUGGUCUUUGCGGGUCCCUACCUCAGCUACUACGACCUGAUUCCCUACGAGUGGUUCUACGUCUGCGUGCCGGCCUGGCAGGAGCCACGGCGCAGGGUCCUGGACACCUCCACUUUCGUCUUCGGAUUCAUCGUCCCGGUGGCCAUCAUCAUCCUGUCUUAUGCCAGGAUCAUCAAGUACCUGUGGACGGCAGUGGGCCCCAUCCAGGACAUCUCCGAAUCCAAGAGAGCCAAGAGGAAGGUCACCAAGAUGCUGAUCAUUGUGACCGUGCUGUUCUGCCUGUGUUGGCUGCCUCACCACCUCCUGAUGCUGCGUUUCCAUUACGGCCACUUCCCCUUCAACCAGACCACCUACGCCUUCCGCCUGCUGUCUCACUGCAUGGCCUACGCCAACUCCUGCCUCAACCCCAUCGUCUACGCCCUGGUAUCCAAGCAUUUCCGCAAGGGCUUCAAAAAGGUGUUCAGCUGCCUGCUGAGCAAAAGGGGGGCCGGCAAGGUCCAUGCCGGCCAGGCAGUGAACAUGGCUACUAACUGCACCGAGGACACGCGCACGCAUUUGCACACGCAUGGGGAGACUGGCCAGGAGCAGGUCUGUGAGCUGCUGGACAGACAGGCGGCCGAGAGGCAGACCCCAGCUGUCACUAUAACACUGCCGUGUCUGCCGUCCUCCUGAAACCACACAAACACACACACUCCACGUAACUCAUCACUUCAUCUGGCACGUCAACCAGCUUCACCACACACUCUCACUCGCUGAUCACCACACACUCACUCACCACCCACCACAUCACAAAGGUUGAGCUAAGAGGAGAGGCGGAGGAGGAUAGAAUGGUCAACAAUGACGAAGGCAGG